ACAUAUCUCUAUAUAUAAUUCUGUGGUUUAUUCUCUCUCUUCUUACUCAAAGGUAUUCCAAUGGCGGAUCAGACUCAGACUCCCGAGCUUUUCGAACUCAACAAUGGGACCAUGCAGGUUCUCAUUUCCAAUCUUGGUUGCACUAUCACUUCUCUCUCUGUUCCAGAUAAAGAUGGAAAAUUGGCUGAUGUAGUCCUUGGAUUUGAUUCUCUCGACCCGUACUUGAAAGGUCUUGCGCCUUAUUUUGGCUGCAUUGUUGGUCGAGUCGCUAAUAGAAUCAAAGAUGGGAAGUUCACACUCAAUGGGGAACAAUACUCUUUGCCUGUUAAUAGACCUCCAAACAGUCUCCAUGGUGGGAAUGAAGGAUUUGACAAGAAAGUAUGGCAAUUGAGUGAAUACAAAAAGGGGGAAAAUCCGUCCAUCACCUUUAAGUAUCACAGUGCCGAUGGAGAUGAAGGUUACCCAGGAGCUAUUUCUGUUACUGCGACAUACACACUCACCUCAAGCACAACAAUGAGACUUGACAUGGAGGCAAUUCCUGAAAACAAGCCCACCAUAAUCAACUUGGCUCAACACACCUACUGGAACUUGGGUGGGCAUAACUCAGGGGACGUUCUCAACCAUUCAAUCCAACUUUGGGCAAACCAUGUUACUCCAGUCGACGAAAACACUGUCCCAACCGGAGAAAUCAUGCCCGUCAAAGGCACCCCUUUCGAUUUCACUUCUGAAAAAAAGAUAGGUACCUCUAUUCAUGAGGUUGGCAUGGGAUACGACCACAAUUAUGUUCUCGACUGUGGAGACGAAAAAUCAGGUCUGAAGCAUGUCGCCAAAGUGAAGGAACCAUCAAGCGGUCGGGUCCUGAACUUGUGGGCCAAUACCCCUGGAGUGCAGUUUUACACAGGCAACUAUGUGAAUGGUAUUGUUGGCAAAGGAGGGGCUGCUUAUGGAAAGCAUGCAGGUCUUUGUUUGGAGACACAAGGAUUUCCCAACGCGGUGAACCAACCCAACUUUCCUUCUGUUGUUGUUAAACCAGGUGAGAAGUAUCAGCACACUAUGCUAUUUGAGUUUUCAGUUGAACAAAGUGCUUGAGAUUCUAAGAACAAUUGUGACAAUAAGGUUCAUUUCCAGUUUAUCUUGCAAAAUUAGUUUUGUUUUGAGUA